AAAUCACCCCAGCAGAGAGUCCGGCCAUGUUUGGAUUUUCUACAGCAAAAGUGAAACUGCAGUCAUCAGAGAACCAGGUCUGGUCAUGUUUGGAUAUCCCAAAUUUCGCAAUCUCUUCAAAUCGCAAACCCCAACCCUCACUUUCAUCAGAUUCUUCCAAUCCGUAUCAGAUGGAGGCCCCUGUCAACACCCAAAAUCCACCCAAAACAGCGUCGCCAUUUUCUGGGAUUUAGACAACAAACCACCCAAUUCCCUCCCUCCUUACGACGCCGCCGUCCGAUUAAAGCUGGCCGCUUCCCAAUUCGGCACCGUCCGAUACACCGUCGCCUACGCCAAUCACCACUCAUUUCGCUACAUCCCGCCGGCAGUCCAAGAACAAAGGAGAGAACGCAAGAUGUUGGAUCGCUUUGAAACCAAAGGCCUCAUAAAGCCCUCCGAAGAGUAUCUAUGCCGCGUCUGUGGGCGGAAAUUCAAUACCAAUGUCAAGCUCGUCAAUCACUUCAAGCAAUUGCAUGAGCGGGAGCAGAUGAAGCGGUUGAAUCGGUUGGAAUCGGCGAGGGGGAAGCGUCGGGUGCAACUGGUAGCUAAGUUCUCGAUGAAGAUGGCGAAAUACAAGAAUGCCUCUCAGGGUGUCUUGAUUCCCAAGGUGGGUUAUGGUCUUGGGGAUGAGCUCAAGCGAGCUGGGUUUUGGGUUCGGAUGGUGGAUGAUAAGCCCCAGGCGGCAGAUAAAGCUCUGAGGAACCAUAUGGUGGAGAUGAUGGAUCACGGGCAGGUCGGGUGUUUGGUCCUUGUAUCGGAUGAUUCGGAUUUCGUCAAUGUUUUGAGGGAGGCGAGGUUGAGGUGUCUUAGGACAGUUGUUGUGGGAGACAGUGAUGGUGGGCCCCUGAGGAGAUGCGCUGAUGCGGGGUUCUCGUGGAGGGAGAUUGUGGCAGGGAAGGCUAAGAAGGAGGCAGUGUCAGUCGUAGGGCGUUGGAAGGAUCGGGAUAUCUUGAAGAGGCUUGAGUGGACUUACAGACCGGAGGUUAAGAGGAGAGAAUUUGAUGCAGAUGAUUGUGAAGUAGACUGUGAGGAUGGUGUUAUUGAAGACGCCGAUUUUGAUGAUGGGGAGAGUUUAGCAGGAAAGGAAGACGCACGGCAUUGGUGGGAAUUGGAUUCUGAUACUGAGGGUACAUCCGUGGAAUCGAUCAAACAAUAGUUGCUCAUCAUCUUCUAUGCUGAACCUUUAACUUGUUGAUGGCCUGUUUUAUUUGGUGUGCUGUUUGGGUGGCACCUGAAGGGAGUAGUCCAUCGAGACAUGUUUGGAUGUACCCAAAUUGCAAGUUACCAAUUCCUCUGAGCUUUUGGGCUAGCACAGAAGUCAGGAACCACAUGGCGAUGGUUACUGUUUCUUCUGCUUUUUCUGUCUCAAUUGAGAUCGGGAUGUGAAAGGUUGUGGAUUUUGAUUUGGGUGGAUAAGCAUCCCACACAAAGAAGAUGGGACAUCCAAACACAACUUUACAAGAGUCGAAUUGGAAACUAGAAUUCUUAGCAGUAAAAGAAGAAGAGAACUCCAUCAAUUGAGACAUUUUCUCAUCCAAUGUUUGGCAGAACCAGUUUUAGGAAUACGCCCAGCAAAAUGAAGUUCUUGUUACUGUACUCCUUUUUAUUGAGCUCUAAUGGAUGCGUAUUAGAUCUUAAUCCAUUUCUGUUUUUGAAAUAGAAACUGAUUUGGUUGUCUUUUUUAA